AUGCUUUGUUGCGUAGCUAAUGAAACAUGUACCUUUUGCAACGUCAAAACGGCUGUUGGCGCCAGAAUAGUAACAGAGACAGAUGAUUUGGUUGCCUUCAAGGAUCGUUCUCCAUCAGCACAGGUUCAUUUGCUGAUCAUACCCAAAAAUCACAUUAGAACAGUGAAAAAUUUAGAUGGAGGCGAUGUUGUGUUGUUAGAGAAAAUGAUCGUCUUGGGUAAAGAGCUCCUCAGACAACAGGGAUUUAAUCCAGAUGAUACCACGCAAGUGAGGCUUGGGUUCCAUGUGCCUCCUUUCAAUUCGGUCAACCAUUUGCACAUGCAUGUGAUAGGGUUGCCAUUCAAAAACAAGUACAGAAGUUUUAAAUAUAGGCAAGGCUAUCCUUGGUACGCAGAUGCGAAGAAAGUGCUUUAUCGCCUCAGCGAAGGAAUGUCUCCCAUAUAA